AUGGAUUAUUUCAGUUGCCCAAACGAUGCCACAUUCGGGCCUGCUGUCCAUGGCUGCAACCAUAGAGAGUUUGACUUCACUCUCAGAUUCGAGGCGAUAUUCUUUUCAAUUCUUCCUGCCGCAAUCUUCAUCAUUCUCGCGCUUGUCCGCAGCAUCUGGCUAGUCAAAGAGCCUGUGAUCGUCAAGGGUCGAAUUUACCAACUUUCUAAAGCCGCAUUCAUUGCAAUUUGUAUUGCCUUACGCUUCUCGUCGUUUGUUCUAAGCAUCGUCUGGCGCGGCGAGCAGGCUGCUCUCUUCAUAUCAUCCGCUGCACUAGAUGUAGUUGCCAUCUCGCUGGCCCUACCGCUGUCUUUUCUUGAACAUGCCCGCUCACCACGCCCGUCGAUGCUGCUGAGCAGCUACUUGUGGCUCUCACUACUCUUUGAUAUUGUACGAACUCGCUCGUUCUGGCUCUUAGCUGUGACGCACACCGAACAUGCCUUCGCUGCCGUCUUUACAGCCGCAGUUGGCGUAAAGGCUGUUGCAUUCCUGGCCGAGUCUCAAACCAAAACGAGAUGGAUUCAAUGGGAUACCGCUUCGCACAGCCCAGAAGAAACGGCUGGGUUCUUUGGGUUGGCGGCAUUCAGUUGGGUCUGGAAAUUAUUCGCAAUUGGUCGCCAGAAAGUAUUGUCUUUGGAGGAUUUAUUCUCUCUUGAUCGACAUAUGGCUAGUGAUACUUUACGAAUGAAGCUUCACACUUCAAUAAAAGUCUCUUCGACCCAUGGCCAUAAGCACGGACUUGCCAAAGCUCUUGCGAAAUCUCUACUGGGCUCUUUCUUACUUCCAAUACCGCCGAGACUCGCCCUGUCGGCUUUCAGAUUCUGUCAGCCCUUCCUCAUCAACUCAUUGCUAUCGUAUCUGCUGAUACCAGCAUCCGAGAGGCCUGUCAACUAUGGUUAUGGCUUGAUAGUGGCGACAUUUCUUGUAUACGGAGGCAUUGCUGUUUCAACAUCCAUUUACUAUUACCUACGAGAGAGGACUAUCUGGAUGGCUCGCGGAGCUCUAGCGAGUGUCAUCUAUGAACAGACUCUACGGUCUAGGCUCUCAGUAGUCGGUGACUCUUCUGUACUCACUCUGAUGAGUACGGAUAUUGAGCGUACCAGACAGGGCUUCAUGGCUAUGCAUGAAUUCUGGGCAAGUUUCCUCGAAACUGGAGUUGCCCUUUGGUUGCUGUACCGAGAGCUUGGCGUUGCCUUUGUCGCACCCAUCGUUGUCGUUAGCGUUUGCGUUGUCAGUGUAACCAUCGCGAGUCGUUUGAGCGGUCCCAGGCAAAACCUUUGGAUGCAAAAGAUUCAAGAAAGAGUCGGUGCUCUGUCUCACGUUGUUGCGAAUAUGAAGACUUUAAAGAUUGCUGGCCUGGCGGAAUCAGCUGAAGCACUUAUCCAGCGCCUCCGUGAGGUUGAGAUCGGUAUUGGUGGUAGUUGGCGAAUGACCAUAGUCCUGUUUGUGAUUAUUGGCUUUGCUCCAUCCAUGCUCGGCCCGUUGUUCACGUUUGCCGUCACAUCACGGACCCUUGACACCACUCGUGUAUUUACGGCGCUGUCUUUUCUUGUUCUUCUCACAGAGCCGUUAUCCCAGAUAUUUCAAUAUGUACCCUUUAUGAUGGCCUCUUUUCAAUGUCUUACGCGCAUUCAAAAUUUCUUGGAGGAAGAAUGCUGUAUAGACUUUCGUGAAGACGCUGGUCCGGCUCAAUUCAAGUAUGAGUCAAAAGAAGAUGAUUUAAGAAGGAGUAUAGGCGAAGACUGUGACGCGAUAAUACAAGUUUGCGACGGCAGUUUCGGCUGGGAUAAGGAGAAACUUGUUCUAUCAAAGCUUUCUUUUAGCAUUGCUGCCAAUUCUCUCACUAUUGUGAUUGGUCCUACUGCUUGUGGCAAAUCGACUCUUCUCAAAGCCCUGUUAGGGGAGACGCCCAUCCAUGAUGGUCGAGUACUGAUAGAGCCUGCAGCUCGCCGCAUCGGCUACUGCGAUCAAACUCCUUUUCUAACCAACGCCAGUGUGAGAGAGAAUAUCCUCGGAUACUCUUCGUUUGAUGAAAAUAGAUACAAUGAAGUUCUUGAAGCGACAAUGCUUCUUCCAGAUCUUGCUCUGCUUCCACAGGGAGAUCUUACCAAGAUAGGGAGUAAUGGUGUGAGCCUAAGCGGCGGACAAAAACAGAGGGUAUCAAUGGCACGCGCAUUAUAUUCAGACUCCAAGCUUUUCCUUUUCGACGACACGCUUAGUGGACUGGAUGCGGAUACCGAGGAGCAGGUAUUUCAACGAGUCUUCGCCACCAAUGGUCUUAUUCGCCGCCGUAAUGCCACUGCAGUCCUAUCUACUCAUGCGGUGCGCCAUUUACCGUCUGCAGAUCAUAUCGUCGCCCUGAACCAUGACGGCCUGAUCGUUGAGCAGGGCAUUUUUGAUGAUCUUGAUUCACUUGGCGGCUACGUCCAAAGUCUGGAGGUCCAAGUUAAUAAGAAACCUUCCGAAAAUCUGCCUUCAGACUCUUCAUCCGUUCUAUCCACUGCAGAGAAAAGCGAAGAAUCUGCUGUCGUUACUGCUCGCACACCACCACCGGCAAUGUGGAGCGCAACAGAUGAGCACAGUCGAAAAACAAGAGAUUGGUCCGUCUAUAAACAUUAUGCAGGGAGCAUGAAGUCAAUAACUUUACUGUCAUUCUUAUUAGUUGGCAUCGCCCUCGGCUUUUUCUUCAACUUUCCGCAGAUCUGGCUGAACUUUUGGUCCGCCGAUGUGACGUCUGCUCACCGAGCUCACUCUCAGGCGUACUGGAUUGGCAUCUAUUCCUUCUUCCAAGUCCUAAGCCUGGCCUGUAUAGGCAUCAUAUGUGCUAUUCUAUUCAUCUCCAUGACUGCGCAGUCUGGCACAGCUUUGCAUCAUCAGACGUUGCGUACUGUUAUUAGAGCUCCAUUGCGAUUCUUCACGACCGUAGACGCCGGCAUCGUCACAAAUCUCUUCUCUCAGGAUAUUUCUCUCGUUGAUAUAGAGCUUCCUCAGGCUCUCCUCAAUGUCAUGGCAGAGCUAUGCAUGUCUAUUGGCAUGGCUGUUGUUGUGGCUACAGCUUCGCCGUAUAUCGCAAUCAGCUAUCCGUUUGUUGUUGCGCUCAUGUGGCUGAUUCAAAACGUAUAUCUCUCUACUUCUCGACAGCUUCGUUUGCUAGAUCUUGAAACAAAGAGUCCACUUUAUACGCAUUUUACAGACACAGUCACCGGAGUCGCAACUCUUCGCGCCUUUGGCUGGGCCCAAGAAAGCCUUGGAUUCAAUUUAGGCCUCUUGGACAAUUCGCAACGCCCGGCAUAUCUCCUUGCCAUGGUCCAGCACUGCCUCACUUUCUUUCUUUCAGCGGUCGUCACGGUCCUCGCCACACUAGUUGUAGUUCUUGUCACCCAGGUCAAGGCAGUCACAGGUGCUGGAUUUGCCGGAGCCUCAAUGGUCAGCUUAAUGUCUCUAGGAGAUUAUGUGUCGAAUCUGAUCCGCAUGUAUACCCUUUUGGAGAUAUCCAUUGGGGCUGUGAGCCGGCUCAAGUCUUUUCGUGAGACAGUGCUGCCAGAGAGUUCUCCUGAAGAGGACGCAAUGCUGCCACCACUUUGGCCAUUACAUGGAUCGCUGGAGAUCAAAGAUGUUUCUGCUUCUUACAACAACGAAUUGAAUCAAUCAUUACAAUUGGAGGACUCGGACGGCACAGAUGCUACAGAUCUGGUUCUUAGAAAUGUCAGCAUGAGUAUUGCCCCUGGCGAGAAGAUUGCCAUUUGCGGUCGCAGUGGAAGCGGUAAAUCUUCUUUUCUGCUGCUUCUGCUUCGCCUUCUAGAUCCACUUCCAGCAUGCGCAGACGGCAUUACAAUCGACAAUGUAUCACUCAAUCGAGUCAAUCGCUCAAUUCUACGACAGCGUGUUAUUGCAGUGCCCCAGGAUUCCAUCUUCUUUCCGGACGGACACUCUUUCAGAACAAACCUCGAUCCGUACAAUUUAUCAACUGAUAGCGACUGCACCGAAGUGCUUCAAUCAGUAGGCCUCUGGCAGGCUGUAGAAGAUAACGGUGGCUUAAACGGCAGCCUAUCUACUAGUAUGCUCUCGCAUGGCCAGAGACAGCUAUUUGGCUUCGCCCGUGCCAUACUACGACGACGUAUACGCGGCAGUGCCGCCCGCGACAUCGGUGGCUUGCUGCUCUUGGACGAGGUAGGGUCGUCUGUGGACAAGGAUACCGACCGCACAAUACAAAGACUCAUCAGGGAUGAGUUUACUCGAUAUACUACGAUUGCAAUAUCUCACCGGCUGGAUGCUAUAAUGGAUUUUGAUCGUGUGAUUGUGAUGGAUAAGGGACGUGUUGUUGAGUCCGGCCGUCCUAGAGAGUUGGUGAAGCGGGACGAGGGCGCCUUCAAAAGUCUUUGGACCGCUGGAGGUCGAGAAAUAUAA